GCCAGUGCCAUGUCCUCAUCCGACGACCACGAUGAACUACCCGUCGUUCACAUAAACAUACCCCGCCGAUACUAUCUCUUGCCUGGCGCUGCUGUUCUCACAGGCGUCACGAUCGGUCUCUUCAGGGGCUCCCGAACCGCGUCCUUGAGGUUUCUGGCCGAGAACGCACACCGGACGCCCAAAACGGUGCGCGGGUGGUACCUGUACAACAAGACAAAAAACUACAGGGUCACUCUCGGAGGGCUGAAGGAAGCAGGCGCGGAUGCAACGAAGCUAGGGCUGACAGCAGCGGCCUGGGUCGCGAUCGAGGAGGGCUGCACCCGCCUGGGCCUCGACGACGUCCGGGAGGUGGCGGCCGGGCUUGGGACGGGAACGCUUUUCGGGGCUGUGUACCGAUUGCCCUGGACGGCAUUCCGGCGCACAACGGUUUUGGGGGUACUGAUCGGGGGAGUGCUCCGGGCGCUGCGGUGGAGCAAGGAAUACUUGGAGGAACAGGUGCAGACACGGGCUCUCGCAGCAAAGGCUGUGACCACGGAGGGGCAGGAAGGGGUGGCGGGCGACACGCGAGACGUUGUGGACGCGAAGAAUGGGUAGUAUGUCGUGUUCGGGGCUAGUUCCCUUGACAAUAACAUCAUCCCCGGAGUCGAGAUCACAGCCGCUGGUGUGGAGUGGGAUGGAGGAAGGGCUCGGGUAUAUACUUGCGAGCGCAUGUUUAAG